AUGAUGUAACAAUUUGAAAAUGAUUCGAAAAUAUCUAAUUUAGAUAUAUCAAAGUGGGAAUAAAAUACAAAAGAAUUAGAAAUUUAUGAUAAAUGUGAGAAAAUUAAAAUUAAAAUUAUUUUUACAAAAGAUUACAAAAUUAUCUAUUCAAGGAAUUCUGAAAUUUUACGGGUGUAAUAUUUAGUUAUUAUAAUAAAAAGCGAUAUAAUCAUAGAUAUUUCUAAAAAUCCAGAAAUACUGAUUAACUUGGAAUUGAUUCGAUAUUUUAAAUGGCAAGGUGAAUAUGGAUUAGAAAAUAAAAAAUGUGGAAGGUGGAUAGCGACAUUUUAAGGAAAUAUUCUAAAAGAUGUUGGUGGAUACUUUGUUGAUGGUUUCAAGCAAGGUAUAUGGAAAGUAAUAAAAAAUAAUUUUUGGACGUAAAUGAUACUAAUUGAUAAAAAAAUAUAGUAAAGCUAAAGUUUAUUUGAUUGGUGAAUAUUAUAAUGAUUUAAAAAGAGGGCAGUGGAAAUAUAUUUAGGAUGCCAAGAUUAUGUACUUAUUCUAAAUUAUUUAGUUACGGUGGGUAUUACAAUAAUGAAGAAGGUUAUAAAAAAGGAAAAUGGGUAGAAUUGGGGGAAGGAUUUUAUUGCGAUUCCUAAAUCAUUUAUAGAGGAGAAUACAAUAAGAAAGGUAUUAAAAUCGGUUAAUGGGAUAUUCUGUAAGAUAAAAAUAAUGGCUAGGGAUAUAUAUCAAUGUAAUAUUAUAAAUAUAAAUAUGUUAGCGGUUGCGGGUACUAUCAUAUUUAUUCUGGAAAUAAGAUUGGAAGAUGGGUAGAGUUGGAUGAAAGGUUUUAGAUUGAUAAAUAAGUUAUGUAUAGUGGUGAAUAUAAUAAGAAUGGUAAAAAAGUAGGUAGAUGGGAUAGUAUGUUUUGUAAAUACUAUGAACAGGAAUAUCAAUAAAUGUAAAUACUAAUUAAAUAUAUUAAUAUGGUAGUGGUGGUGGUUCUUAUGAUAAUUUAUAUGGAAUUAAAGUCGGAAAAUGGAUAGAUUUGUGGGAAGGCUUUAAGUAUAAUUCUUAAAUCACUUAUAAUGGUGAAUAUAAUUAGGAUGGUGUUAAAGUAGAUAGAUGGAAUAUUGAAUAUAAGGGAAAAUCAUUGUAAUUUAUAAUUGUGAGAUGAUUUGUUAGUGGUGGUGGAUUAUAUGAUAGUUGUUCAGGAAAUAAGAUAGGGAAAUGGGUAGAUUUGGAUGAAGAGUUUUGGAGUGAUAAAUAAGUCACCUAUAGUGGUGUAUAUAAUUAGUAUGGUAAGAGAAUAGGUAGAUGGGAUAUAACAUUAGAUGGAAUAUUAAUGUAAAUAUUAAAACUAUAGUUUGUUAGUGGAGGUGGAUCAUAUGAUAUAGAUUCUGGAAUUAAGAUUAGGAAAUGGGUAGAGUUGGAUGAAAAAUUUGAUUUGGAUACAUUAAUCAUUCAUAAUGGUCAAUAUAAUAUAACAGGUAAAAAAGUUGGUAGAUGGGAUAUUAUGCAAGAUAGAAGUGGAAAUGGAGAAUAUCGAAAAAUGUAAAUACUAAGAAUAUAAUAUGUUAGUGGUGGUGGAUCAUAUGAUUGCACUUUAGGGAUUAAGGUAGGUUAAUGGGUAGAGUUGAAAGAAGGAUAUACAUGGAUUACUUAUGUUGGUGAAUAUAAUAUGGAAGGAAAAAAAAUAGGUACAUGGGUAGAAAUGGAUAAAAAUGAGAAUUAAAAACGUGGCUAAUGUUAAUAUAACCAUUGA